CGCUGGGGAUAAAAUGCUGCUUUCUGCUCUGCUGCGUGAAGGAUCGGUUUGAUUCAGGGUGCGUUGACUGUCGGGGUGUUCUCAGACUGUUCGUGCUCCAGGUAAUGCGUUCCUCAUGGCCAGCGGCUUCAGCCAGGACUCCAUAGCGGACUUUCUGAGGCAGAGAGGAGGCACCGUCACGAGCCCUGAGCUUCUGGAGCAUUUUAAAGCCGUGUUCCCACAAGAGCCGCACAGCAGGGCUGCUGUCCGCAGCAUCUUUAAGUCUUGCGUGGACAGCGUGGCUUUCGUGAAGACAGACAGCGGAGUCAAACAUGUCUGUCUGAGGAGACAGUUCCGUUACUGCGCUGCGUCCCCUUCACCUGACGACCAGGUGAGCCGCGAUGACGCAGCCGCGAGCGCUCAGGUACAGCAGAAAUCAGCGCGCGACUCAGGUUACGGAAAUGACUGGAGGACAGUUCCGCAUAUUAUCACUGCAGAGAGCGACCAGCCGGACAAACCGGAGCAGGACUGUGGACAUCAGGGGUUGCUUGGUGUUCUGGAUGAAGUGGCCGGCAGUUCAGCUUACAUGGGGAACUCUGGGAGCUUCAGUACGCAGAGGAAGGACUCCAGGAAGGAGAAGGUCGAGAAACUUGCCAUUCCACAAAUCACAGUGAUUCAAGCUUCGCCGCUCCCUGUGGACGGAUCUGUCUUCAUCCUGCCUGGGCCUGAGUGUUCUGCAGCUGCAGCUGACAUACACACCGAUUGGACGCCUGAGGGCCUGAAAGAGGAAGAGCAACAAGAUCCUGCGUCUAAGCAGACAUUCCUCUCCACCAAGGAGGACUCAGAGGACAAGGAGGAUGAACGCAGCAGCUUGUCUGGCAGCGAGGACAGCUGCAGUCCGAAGGGCAGCCGGAAGCACUUCAUCCAGGUGAUGAUGAACAGUUCUCCUGAAGUGAGGAACAGUAUAGAUCUCCGCAGCCCCAUCUGCCUCACCCCCAGGAGCGAUGGUGACUCGGCCUCGGUGGGCUCUGCCAGCCUGGACGUAGACAGGACCUCCGUCACCCUGGACCCUGCGGAACACGAGUGGAUGAUGUGCGCAUCGGAUGCAGAGUGGGACAGCCUCCACACCCUCCUCAGCAGCGAACCCAACCUGGUCCUGAAGAAGGACUUUGUCACUGGUUUCACCUGCCUGCACUGGGCUGCUAAGCACGGCAAGCAAGAGCUGAUCGCUCUGAUCAUCAACUUUGCCAAACAUCACAACCUUCCCAUUAGCGUGGAUGUUCGCUCCAACAUGGGCUACACACCGCUGCACAUAGCUGCCAUCCACAACCACAUGGAGGUGCUGAAGCUCCUGGUGGGGGCUUACAACGCAGAUGUGGAAAUCAGGGACUACAGUGGGAGGAAGGCCUGUCACUACCUCACCAACAACGUGAGUGUGGACAUUAGAGACAUCAUAGGAGCAUAUGAACUCGCUGAAUCCAAAGGUGCAGAGCCUAGGGUUGGAGGACGUUGGAGGUUCUCCAAAGUCCUUCAGAACAACCUGAAACCCAUCCACCGGCUCAGCCUCGGAGACAGCGACCUUAUGGGCGGGGAGGACCAUCUGAGGAGCAAACCCGUCCGGAGGAGGUCUUCGCUUAGCAGGAUGAAGCCCAACCUGCAGAAGAUACGCCAGAGGGCGUCCCAGCUCGUUCACAGCACUUCUUUCCGGGAUAAACGGGAGCUGGAUGAAUCUGAGGAGAAACCCUCUAGGUCCAGACCUAAAACCCACUUCCUAGGUUGAGCCCAAGUCUGCUACAUGACGCUUCUGAUGGAUUGGGGUUAAUCAUGUUAGCAGGAAUCUUUGAUUACCUUCAGUGGUGUCCCGCUCUCCCUGGUGCUUCACACUGCUGGUCAGCUGGCUGAAAGAAGGAUUCUGAUUUCUCCCUUGCAUACAACAAAAUCUGAUUCAUCUGCAUAGAAAUAUUUCCAUCCGUGAAAAGCAGGAAACACCACUCGUCACCUCUUUAAGCUCGCAUUGCUGUUGAGCAACUGACUCUAGACUGCAACAGCCUGACUAAAUAAACAACUAUCAGCUAUUUGUCGUACUUCAUGAAGACCAGAAUACGCAAAUGAAACUCAGUCCUAUAGUUUUAUAUAAACCAGUUUCUGAUGGUAUUUUAAUGGGAGUUUUCCUUUUUGUCCUCACUGGUUUUGCUUAGUUAUAGUCCAAAGUUUAAGUGUCCCAUAAGAAGCUGAAAAACUAAUCCAGAUUAGCCAGCUGUGCCAUUCUGACCCGGCUCUGGGUUGGCCUGCUUCAUUUUAUCCAUCCUCAGCUGACAGCCUCCGUGUGCAACCUGGAGCAGGAGCCAUCAGGGCUAAUCUGGAUUUCAUGGGGUUCAUUAGGUCUGACGAGUUAGGUAACACGUUGGUGUGUGUGUUCUGUGUCUCUGCACAUUUUUAACCUGAACUGACCAAAGUUAGGCCAAAGAUAAGUUGGUUCACAGUUAAUGCUUUGGAUUUAGAGAGGCUCAUAAUUAAGAAUGUUUAUUUACAGAAAUUAGUUGUAAAAAGUUGUAAGGUACAGGACACAGUGUUAGUUAAUGUACAGUGUCCUGUUUGUCUUUGGCUUGGGCUGGACAAUAAAUCAUUAACAAUAUAAAUCGUGAUAACAGAAUAUCAAUAUCUGCUCAAUAUCAACAGAAAAUACAUUCAACAGAAUAUUCCAAUAAUUUUAAUGAACUUCAAUUUAGAACCACAAUGCAUUCUGGGGGAUGUAGGCAAAGGAAAGACGUUAGCUGGUCAACUGCUCACUCAUUGGUAAUCUAGCAAUAACUUGUUGAGUAAUUUGUGCAGCAGCAGUUUGUUGUUUUGCCACUGUGCCUCUAGCUUUUGCCUUCCUGUGUAAUUCUGCUCAAUUCUCACUUCACAGACAGUUUGGGCUUUCUCUCAUUCACUUGGAUUCCUUCAGUAGAAUUUCUACCGGGCCAAUCAGUAAACCGGAGAAAUUAUGAAAGAUGACCUCUUUCAUAAUUUAGGGUUAGGGUUAAUAUCAUAGACUUGUUUUUGCUGUUUCUCAUUGUCAAACUCACAGCUGAAGGGUUUCUUUAUCUUAUGUUUUCUCCUACAUAUAAUGUUGUUUUUAAGUUAUUUAAGUGCCCAAAGGUCUGUAUUAUUAUUAUUAUUAUUAUUAUUAUUAUUAUUAUUGUUGUUGUUUUUGUUGUUUUCAACAACAACAACAAUUUUUUUUGUAUUCUGGCUGAAACUUUAGCAGUGGUAGCGGAGGUUGUUUACAGCGCAGGCAAUUUCGGACGCUUUGAACUGGUGCAUUAUAUACGUCAUGGCAAAACGUUUGUAACUGGGUAAAGUUUCAAACUUCACAGAGCCCACACCUCCAGGAACUAAUUCUUUCUCACCAUCUGUACGAAGCAGAGCUUAGGCAAACAAGGGGCUGUGUUUCACCAAGUUACCACUGGACUUAUUUUCUGAAAGGACAACAUGAGUACAACGGCUCAAGAAGAAAUUGUGGACAAAACAGAACAGGUCAGUUUGGCAGUAUUUUGGUCAUGUAAAACGAAAAACCAAUCGAUAAGUAUUGAUAUUGACGUGAAGCACUCAUAUGUUUUUCAGCCAUAUCACCCAGCCCUACUUCCAGUCAUAUUUUAAACACAGUCCUUGGUUUUUGGAUGUGAAUCGAGGAGAAUAUUCUUUAUUUGUGCCUCCAUGGAAAAAUAGACACAAAGUAGUGAAAUAACCAUGGUUUAAACAUUUUUUUAAGCAUUCCUGCAGCAUGUUGCCCCCACCACCUUGUUUCACCAUAGUGAAUCUAGAGCUAUGUGUUGGAUUAGUUUUUUUUCCACUUCAGUGUUUUGCUUAUAGGCCCAAAAGUUCCAUUUUGUUCUCCUCAGAGCAGAACACAAUCUUCCACAUGUCUGUAGCAAACUGCAGUCAGAACUUCUGGGACUUUAUGUUUUAAACUUUAAACUAAACUGUUGGAUUCCUCAGUAUUUAUGAAGCUGAUGUUUGUUGGUGUUGUGGGACAAAAUGUGCUCUUCUCUGAGCUAACAGCUCCAUUUGAAAAAAUUCAUUAUUCACCAACAUGCUGUGUCAUGUCAGAGAUCAGCCUUGCCCACACACUGCACCGACUUCUCAUUCCACAUACCAGCUACUCACCUGGAACUUUCCACAAUCAGCCUACAAAAACACUGUAUUUUUCACGCAGAAAGGACUUCCUCUAAUGUAGACAUUUUAACGCCACCUGUGAGAAACUGGAUCAGACACUUGGCUGCUCAGGAUCAGCUGCUAUUCAUGUUUCUGAGUAAGAAUUUAAGGUUUCUGCUGCCCUCUUGAACUUAUGUUUAUGCAAUGCAUUUUUAAAUGAUGCUUAUAAGGGCUGUAUGUGUCUUUUUGGGAGCUCUGAUAAAAAUAUAUAUUUAAUGGGGUAAGAAUUUCUGAGUUAUCUCCAAAGAGAUUUUGAUGAAAAUCUAUUGGAUUUUUAAAAAAAUAAAUUUUAUUUGAA